GGGCAGAGAUGGCGACUGCAACUCGGCUCCUGGGGCGACGGGCUUCCAGCUGGAGGCUGAGGCCGUCGCUGUCACCCCUCGCCGUCUCCCGGCGGGGCCACUCGUUGCUGCCCGUGGACGACGCAAUCAACGGGCUAAGCGAGGAGCAGAAGCAGCUUCGUCAGACUAUGACCAAGUUCUUACAGGAGAACCUAGCCCCCAAGGCCCAAGAGAUUGAUCAUAGCAACGAGUUCAAGGAUCUGCGAGAGUUCUGGAAGCAGCUGGGGAGCCUGGGAGUGUUGGGCAUCACAGCUCCUGUUCAGUACGGCGGCUCUGGCCUGGGCUACCUAGAACACGUGCUGGUAAUGGAAGAGAUAUCGCGGGCUUGUGCAGCAGUGGGGCUCAGCUAUGGUGCCCAUUCCAACCUGUGCAUCAACCAGAUGGUUCGUAAUGGGAACGAGGCACAGAAGGAGACCUACCUUCCCAAGCUAAUCAAUGGUGAGCAUAUUGGAGCCCUGGCCAUGAGUGAGCCCAAUGCUGGUUCGGAUGUUGUCUCGAUGAAGCUCAAAGCAGAAAAGAAAGGCGAUCACUACAUCCUGAAUGGGAGUAAGUUCUGGAUCACUAAUGGCCCGGAUGCUGAUGUCCUAAUCGUCUACGCCAAGACAGAUCUGACUGCCACGCCAGCUGCUCGGGGCAUCACAGCCUUCAUUGUGGAGAAGGGGAUGCCUGGUUUCAGCACCUCCAAGAAGCUGGACAAGCUGGGGAUGAGGGGCUCUAAUACCUGUGAGCUUGUCUUUGAAGACUGCAAGGUUCCUGCUGUUAACAUCCUGGGCAAUGAGAACAAGGGUGUGUACGUACUGAUGAGUGGGCUGGACCUGGAGCGCCUGGUGCUGGCAGGCGGGCCCCUUGGGAUCAUGCAAGCUGUCCUUGACCAUACCAUUCCCUACUUGCAUGUUAGGGAAGCCUUCGGCCAGAAGAUCGGCCACUUUCAGCUCAUGCAGGGGAAGAUGGCUGACAUGUAUACUCGCCUCAUGGCUUGUCGGCAGUACGUCUACAACGUCGCCAAAGCCUGUGACGAAGGCCACUGCACUGCCAAGGACUGUGCCGCUGUGAUUCUGUAUGCAGCCGAGUGUGCCACGCAGGUAGCCCUCGACGGCAUCCAGUGUCUUGGUGGCAAUGGCUAUAUCAAUGACUUUCCCAUGGGCCGCUUUCUUCGAGAUGCCAAACUGUAUGAGAUCGGGGCUGGGACCAGUGAGGUGAGGCGGCUGGUCAUCGGCAGAGCUUUCAACGCAGAUUUCCGCUAGCCCCAAGACCUGUCACCCCCUGGUCCCAACACCCAGAGCCCUCUCUUUGGAAGCAGAAAAGAGACAGCCUUCCGUCCUGCUCCGCUGCUCUUCUUGAUCCAGCCGGCUGACGUCACCGGGAGGUUCAGUUCUUCAGUCCAGCCGCCUGGCACCGCGGGCCUCAAAGUCGGGAAGGCACAGAAUGAGCGGCAGAAAGCACACUGACUUUAGUGACCCUGUGCUCUGGUUCUCCAACUUCAGAGCCCGAUGCUACCCUUUGAGUGGCGUCUGGGGCCCUGCCGGUGCCCUUUUCUUGGAUGAACCUCUGGCAGCAGGGAGUCCUCUAUGCUCAAGUUGAGCGGAAAUGUUACCCUUCUCCAUUUACUUAACCUCAGCGCUCUAUUUUCUGAGGCAAAAAGGCAAACACCUCGCCUUUGUUAGCUGCUCUCACUCCUGGACACCACUGUGCCUCAGGGAUCGCAGCUGAGUUUGCAAGGACCGGUCACAGGGCCGUGUGCUGGUGCAGGACUGGCUCACGCUGGCCUGCCUGGCACCGCUCUGCACCACUCUGGCGCAGGCACGGGCCAGUCCUGGCCACGUGACCUGCCGCUGAUUGGGCCGCGGGCACAGGCCCCGCCCCGGCCAGCCUGGGCUUCCUGGCUCACCUCCAGCUGAGGCUGCCUGUGAACGUUUCUCUAGACGCCCUAUGGUUAAUUUUGUGGCCGCUGCCAUCUUGUAUUAAACAUCGUGAAGCAAA